AGAUCACCUAUGAUUUAACCUAAAAAUGACGUUUCGACCUAAUUACCUUUUAAAUAGAUUUUUAAGUACAAAAACCCAAAUAAAACCAAAAAUCUGUAUCGUGGGAGCAGGAACCGCUGGAUUUUACGCGGCCCAACAUUUACUAAAAAAGUUAAACUCCCCCGAGAUAGACAUCAUCGAAAAGCUACCAGUACCUUUUGGCUUGGUAAGGUUUGGUGUUGCUCCAGAUCAUCCAGAAGUUAAAAAUGUUAUUAAUACUUUCACGAAGGUAGCAGAGAGCCAAUGUGUGAAAUUUUUAGGUAAUGUUAGCUUGGGGAGCGAUGUUACUCUAGACCAGCUGAGAAGUGCGUAUCAUGUUGUACUCCUAACCUAUGGAGCUGAUGAAAGUAGAAAACUCAACAUUCCUGGUGAAAGCUUAAAAAAUGUUAUAGAAGCUAGAAAAAUCGUAGGGUGGUACAAUGGUACACCCUGGGAUAAAAACUUAGAUAUAGAUCUCAGUGGGGAAACAGCUACUAUUUUUGGUCAGGGAAAUGUUGCAAUAGAUGUGGCUAGAAUCCUUUUAAGUCCUGUGGAUGAUUUGAAGAAAACCGAUAUAACUGAGUAUGCACUGGAAUCUUUAUCAAGAUCAAAAAUAAAAACAGUUUACCUCAUUGGUCGCAGAGGACCUCUACAAGCUGCAUAUACUAUAAAAGAACUGAGAGAAAUGCUCAAACUGCCCAACUGUUCAACAAUUUGGCGAUCUAAUGACUUUACAGGAGUACCUGACCAUCUAUCCAUACUUUCAAGACCAAAAAAGCGAAUCACGGAACUUAUGUUGAAAUCUGUUAGUGAAAAUAACAUAAAAGGUGAUAAAACAUUUAGACCUAUAUUCUAUAGAUCUCCUUUAGAGCUGAUUGGAAGCAGUAAUGUUGAAAAAGUUGUACUAGGAAUUAACAAACUAGAUGGAUCAGAUGUAUUAACACAAACAGCUGUGCUGACAGACCAAAUAGAAGAACUAAAAACUGAUUUAGCCAUUCCUAGCAUAGGUUAUAAGUCUAUACAAGUAGACAAUGGUAUUCCAUUCGAUUUUAAGAAAGGUGUAGUACAAAACAGUAGUUCUAAAGUCGAUAGAGGCCUGUAUGUAUCAGGAUGGUUAGGAACUGGUCCUACUGGAGUCAUUUUGAGUACAAUGGGCAGUGCAUUUGAAGUAGCAGAUAAAAUUGUUGAUGAUAUCAACAAAGAAAACUUGAUAGAUGUACCAAAGGAAGGUUAUGAACAGUUAAGGAAGAUUAUUAACGAGAAAAAUAUACAAACUGUUAAUUGGCAACAGUGGGAGAAGAUUGACAAAUAUGAACAAGAUAAAGGUGCUAAAUUAGGUAAACCCAGAGAGAAGAUUGUUGAUAUCAGAAAGAUGUUGGCAGUUGCAGAAACUCCUUUGUAAUUUGUUGAAAAUUGUAGAUAACUAUAAGACGAAACAAGCUGCAGUAUUACUAACGCUUUUGUAUAUCAAAGACAUAACAUUUAUUUUAAAUAUAUUUUUAUAUCAUU